UUUACAAUGUGCCUGGCAUAAGAGCAGAGGAUGAAAAUGAACUUUCAGUACAAUUACCAAAAACAAUUAUUACAACAAGAUCAUGGACACCCUUCAAAUAUGGGCCUAGAUUCUGCUGUUCUUGCAAACAUUUCCACAGAGGCCUACACCUCUGGAGGUAUCAUCCAGCCAUCUACACAAUUGAUUGAUUAUGUCUACACUCCACACCCUCAGCCCCUUCCGAUGAUGCCUAUUGGACCAGCCUGGCCCACCUGGUCCUCACAGCCAUAUCCCCAACCAUACCACUGUGCUCCAACCAUUGUGGGUGUUGCUAUACCUCCCAUGUCAGUGGUUGAUCCCAGCAUCCCCUCUAUGGUGAUGGAAGGAGAGAAGGAGAAGAGGCGACGAGCUGUUAGGUCGAGGCCAAAAAGAGACCCCAACAGUUUCACUCAGAAAUAUAGGAGAUUGAUGGAGGUGAUGGGCAAGACUGGAAACAAAAUUGACGACACCCCUUAUAUAAACUAUCAGAGGUUUGGGAACACAAACGAUAUGCAUAAGAGAUGGGAUGCUACUGAUAUGGUGAAUCUUCCAAGUCAGGCAAUUGAGGCCCAAACAGAAGAUAUGGGUACCUCUGACAGAGACUUGUGUCAGAAGCAGAAAUAUAUGCUAAUGUUUCAUGAAGAGCAGAACAGCAUGAGGGAAAAGAAAGACGAAGACAAGAUGAAUAGAGAGCAAGAUGGAGAGAAAACCCCAAAAGUGAGAGCUGUGGGACUGAAAGGCCAACAUGAGAUGAGCAUGAGUCAGAGCAUUCGCAGCCAAGUGAAAAGUCAUAGCCCAACUAACUAUGACACAGUGACGACAGUCGGACAAGCCGUUGCAGGUGACGACAGGAGCUUUCAGAACUACCCUAUCAUCGUCCACUCUCAGCAGCACCUGGUCAGUCCGUCUCUCUUCAACCAAGACGGGAACUCUCACAGUCAAUGUCCUGAGAUACCCUUCAGCACCAUAUCCCUGUCAGAGUGGGCGGCCCUCAUGGACACGUGUCUCUUCCCACCUUGGCCACAGGGGUCAAAGGCUUUUGUAGUUGGAGAAGACACAGAGACAGGCUUGGCCCCUGCUGCCUCCAAUGACAGGUCAACAGACUGCCAUAGCAAUGAGAGUCGUAGUAGGUAUGUGCCCUUGGAUGACAGCACCUUGAUUGAUGAACUUUACUAUCAGUACACUAGCCACAGAUCUACACCAUUCUUACCAGAUGGACAGGACUAACGAAUGGAGAGAGCAGGUUCAAAAUCAUCUGAGACUUUUGAAAAUGUUUAUCUGGCUCUAAUAAAUUAUA